AUGGGCUGGGUAGGAGUGGCCACGCUAAUAGCGACGGCAUGCUACGUAUUCUACCGUUUCCCCCCUCAUACAUGGCCAUCGGAGCCAGCCUCGACGCCCCCGGAACCGAUCCCCGAAGCUCCUCCACGAAACAAUGCGCGAACCACGGAUAAAGCCAAACCGCCCGUUAUUCCAAAGAUUGAAUCUGCCGUGAUAGAAAACGAAGAAGAAAAUGCAGAGGAGCAAUCAACACCCAAAGCAUCCGCAAGUGCACCGGUGCUAGAAGUGCCCGUCCUCGAUCUCGAUGACUCCGCGGCGGAAGACAGAUCGGCAAAAUCUACAGCUUCCUCGAACCAUAACGAUUCCUCUCUUCAUCAUAAUUCUUCCACCGAUACAGUGGCCAGACAAGCCGCCACAAUGCCACCACGACCACUCCCACCGACGCCGUCGCCGUCGUCGUCGCCGUCACAAGCAGAUUCUUCCUCCUUAAUGCCCCCUCCUCCUCUCCCUCGAAACCGCGCAACAGGACAACAAACCCAAUCUUCAAAAUCCCAGUUCCUAAGCCCCGGCCCCGUCCCCGGACGGAAACCGCCACGCCUCAACAGCAACUCCCUCGCACCCCCUCCCUCUGCCGCAUCCUCACAACGUGGCCCCCAACGCCUCGCACCACCAACCAACAGCCUCGCCCCCCCGGCCCAGGCCUCCCUCAAACUCCCCUCCUCAGCCAACAACGCUUCCAAACGUGCAAUCCUCGAACCAGGCUUCUCACCCCUAGACUGGGCCGCCCUAACCACAAACCCAAAAGCCAACCUUCGCGGCGAAAAUCUCCCCCCACACCUCAUCCGCGUAACGCCCUCAAUGCUCAAGAUACAAAACGGACGGAAGGGCCGCGACGCGUGGACGUCGUAUCAGGGGAAGGUGUUUAAUAUCCAGCCGUACGUGCCGUUUCAUCCGGGCGGGAAGGGGGAGUUGUUGAGGGGAGCGGGGAAGGAUUCUGCGAAGUUGUUUUUAGAGGUCCAUCCGUGGGUUAAUUGGGAUGCGAUUUUGGGGGAGUGUUUGGUGGGGAUUUUAGUUAGUGAGAAUGAGGGUGAGAAUGCGUUGGAUGCUAUGGAUUGA